AUGAAACAAGUAAUGAGUCGACUUUUAAUUCUUUUAUCGUUUAUUAUAACAUUAACCAUGGCAUUAGAGCAACCCAAGUUAAUUUCUACAGCCAAAUCAAACAAAAGACCAGAGCGGUAUGAGUUGAUUAUAACCGCCAAGGAUAUAAAAGAUUCAGCAGAGUAUAUGGUGUUCAAAUAUCCUCAUAAACUUAGAAGGCAAAAGAACGACUUGAAGUAUCGCUUGCUUCAACAUCUUUUGGCGAGUCAAACAAGUUUAUUGGUUCAACAGGUUGAUGAUGAUGGCAAAGUUUACUCCUAUUUGCCGACCCAGGAAAUCUAUGAUGAUGAAACUGGCCAAAUCACAGAACUCCAAGCCAUUCGUCAAAGCCAGAGCCAAAAUGGUGCUAAUAGUGGCAGUGAUGAUAGUAAUCUUCCAGAGAUUGAAUCUACUAAAGUCGUUCGUUCUAACGAGAAGUUUGUUCCCAAACGAACUAAACAAACCGUCCAGUUUCCUCGUCAUAAAUUCGUUGCUCAGAAAGUAGAGAAGAGUCGUCAUAAAGAGCAAGUGUUAAAGAAUCAAGAUGAAUAUUCUGAUUAUGAUUCAAGUGUUCGUUCUCCUUAUCGUCGGAACGGACAGUAUUAG